GCUACCUCAGUGCCAUCGAGUCAAAGCUUUGACAAAUUGCUAGAUUCUUUCAUAGCCUUGGAAAUCAAGCGGACGGACGUCAUAAAAAAAGCGGAGGAGGUGGCUACGAACCAGAAAAACAACGUGACGCUGAAAUUUGUAGAGGUCGCUGGCUACGCAAAUUAUGUACUUGAAAACAUACAACGCUAUUUUAAUGCUAGUAAGGUAAUGCUGGACUAUGAAAAAGGAGAAUCAAACCUUUCGGAAGAAACCGUAAAUUUGAAAACUCUUCUACUGAGGACGGAAAAUUACUUGAAUAGACAAAUGCGUAGGCUAGCCUCAAUCUACAAAAAUUUAGAGGCUGGUCAGGGAGGUCUCCCUCAGGACAUGUUGAGCAAGCUGCGACCUGUGAUGGAUAUUAUCAAACAAAGUGAACAAGCGGUGACUCCUCUUGAGGAACGAUUACGAGUUGAAUUGAAAAAGGCCAAAAAAAAAGGAAAACACUGUUAAUUAAGAUUUAUACGUGCAGUAACAGUAUGGCUUUAACUUUGCUGUGCUCUAUAUCGUUGAUCUUUGGAUCUAUUGAGGCCACGCCAACUUCAACACCAUCAACCUCAACACUACCAACUUCAACACCUCCAACUUCAACAACACCAACUUCAACACCGCCGAGCAAAAGCUUUGAUGAAUUAUUGGAUGCAUUCAUGGUCGUGGAAAACGACCGAAAGGCCGCUAUUAAAAUAGCAGAAGAGGCGGCUAAAGAGGCAGGAAGCAACACAACACUCAACUUUUUGAAGGUUGUGCGAGAGGCAGAUAAAGUGCUCGAGAAUCUGCGACGCUACUUCGAUGCUGGUAAAGUCAUGUUCGAUAUGAAUAAAGGAAAAUUGAAACUCUCAGAAGCAGAUUUACUUGCGGUAAUAAAAACUGAGCUGUUGCGGAAGAAUACAUAUUUGAAUGAUGAACUGAUUAAAUUAUCCGCAUACUACAAAUCAAUAGAAGCUCACGUGCCUGAUCUGCCUAAAGGCAUGAAUAGGGUUCUGCGGCCAAUAAUCGAACUUAUCAAACAAAGUGAACAUGCACUAAUUCCACUUGGAACAAAAUUCCGAGAUGACCUGGAGAGGACCAAACCGACAUCCGCAUAAGACUGCAAUAUACGAAUUUAGAUCAUGACUUAAAGAAUUGUUUUCGAUUAUCAUCGAGACUUUCCGUCUUCUAUUGUAGAAAUUUGUAAAAAAGAGUGACAACAAAUCCUUCAGCCAUAUCCCAAAUAGAAGUUUUCAAUUGAAAAAUCGCGAUACCUCAAAAUUUAAUCGCGACUUUUUAGAAUUUUUUGGUGAUAAACUCGUAAUUAGGAUCAUCGACUUCCGAGCGAUUAUCCUCGAUUUUGUCGCUAUUUUUUCUCUAUAAAAUUGCGUGAAAUAAUAUCGAAAUUAUAUCUCAA